AUGAUUUCAACGCUGCUAAGAUGCGUUCUUUCGCUUCAGAAUAUUGAGGCUAUUAACACAUACCCCAUAUGGGCUAUUCGCGAAACUUUUGUCGCUAUCAUCGCUGUAAAUGCAGCCUGUAUUAAACCUUUGUUCUCGAACAGUCGGUGGUUGAAAUCCAGCCGAAACGGAGGUACUGACAGUAAGUCCUACAAAAACAGUCGGACGUACGGACUGUCUGGAAAGAGUUCCCACAUUCGAAGCAUCCUGCCACGUUACACUCCAAAGGAACAAGGCACACGUAUACUCAGCACCAGCGAGGAAGACUUUAUCAAUGACAAUGCGGUGGCCAAGUCUGUGCAGAACGAGAUAUCCGGCAACACCAGUGUCAUUACAGAAGAUCGCGGCCGGAGAGGAAGCGAAGCUGGAAUCGUCGUCACAACCACAUACCAGGUCCAAGAAGAUGGCAAGACCAUGGAAUUGCAAGAAGCGGAUGGCCGACGGUGA